AUGUCUGAGGAACAGCAAUCUUGCAACCAACAUCACCAACAGGUUGAUGCCUUCAACUUGGUCCCAGGAAAAGGCCAUGAGAGUGCAACUGAUCUGUUGGUACACUAUGAAUGUCAUUUCAGGCGAACAAUCCAUGCUCUUUGCAACUUCCAAGCCCUUCUCACCAAUGGAAUUUUAUGGAUGGGAGAAUUGGCAGAGAUUCCAGAUGAAAAUUUCACUGCAGAGGAACAGCACGAGCACCGUAUUUUUCAAGAGCUCCUCAAGUCUGUAGCAGGCCUGGAAGAGCGGCUGAUGCAAGGUGGAGAUGAUGAGGUUGACCUCAUUGCAGAGCUGAUCACCCCAAAGGGACAGAGCCUUGUUCCCCCUCUUACCCACAAUGUGAAACUUGGCCACAGUUUUCAUCAUGAACGGACAGGUGUGUUGCUCUGUCUAGCUGGCCUUGACUGGUCUAACUUAGAUGGUGAAAUGAUUGUGACUGGAGACCAAUGGCCAUUGUUCUUAUAUGCUGACUACCAUUAUGACCUGGAGGAUCCAUGGAAUGGCUUAUUUCGAAGUGCCUUGCUAGUCUGUGCAUACAAACAUGUUUUCAUGUCUCUCAACACAGUCACCAACUCUGAAUGGUUCUACAACUCCAUCUUAGAUAUUUUUGAAGACCCAGAUGAGAAACAAGAGGUGGAUGACCUUGUUGUUUGGUGGAAUAGGCAAAUUUUUCCUUCAUAUUCAACUGCUCAAUGUCCUCUUGUUAAGAAUAGUGCACUGGCAAUAAUUCGAGAAAGGCAUGCAAGAAUGAAAGAGUCAGGUUCAGUCUCUGGUGCGGCUGCUUAA